AUGGUUAAGGUUUUCUUCGACUUGGACGACAUCUUAAAAAAUCAACCCGAAGUCGACCAAGAAACGAGAACAGCGAUUGAAGAGAUCACUCCUUCAAGUUACGAUGACUAUAACGACUCGAGGGUCUAUAUUCCAUCGAUGGUGGAACAAAGCCGUCACGAGUACCUAGGGGCGAAGGAUGAUCCCGAACAUUUGGCUCAAUGGCAAGCCAAACGAAAUCAGGAGUUUAUUGAACUCAAUCAGUGCUGCAAGUGGCAGAAAAACUUAGCAAAAAAUAGGCGUGGACUUAUUGAUAACAGAUUGGGGUAUCCACCGUUGGACGGAACACAAAUGCUGGAUGACGAAUUUACCAAGGAAUCGGAAUUAUACGUACUUAAACCAUUUGCCGGAGAAGAUUGGGACGAGAUGGAGAUGGAUCUCGUGCGAAUCUGUAAGGGGAUCCAAGUCGAACGUUUCAAGGGAUGGAGGGGAACGGAAGUACAACGACCGAAACUACGACCUAUUUAA